ACUAAUUCCUGAUGGUUUGGUCGACAGAUUGUGGACAUCAGCCAAAUCUAAAUGCUGUCUUUUAUCUCCAAAACCAAGCUAUUCCGCUACCUUCAUACACUGCCACCGCCACCCAAAACAGCCAGCAAGAAAAGAGCAGCAGAGCAGAACUGCUUAGCCCUCUUGGAACUCUGCAACAACUUCCCAAAACUGUCCCAAAUCCACACUCACAUUCUGAAAUUAGGCCUUCAAACGAACCCACUUGUCCUCACCAGGUUGGCCUCCACGUCUUCUGACCUCAAUGCCAUUGAUUAUGCUUCCUCCUUCAUUUUUGGCCUUGAUGCCAAAACCCAUCUCUAUGAUACCUUCCUUUUCAACACUGUCAUCAGGGCUUAUGCUCAAACAAAGGAUUCAAAGCAGAAUGCCCUGAUUUAUUACAAAAUUAUGCUUAAAGAUUGCAUUUUUCCUAACAAAUUUACGUACCCGUUUGUUCUUAAGGCCUGUGCUGGCAUUGGAGAGUUGAGUUUAGGCCAAAGUGUUCAUGGGUCUGCGGUGAAAUAUGGUUUUAGCGAUGAUAUUCAUGUUUUGAACACCAUGGUUCAUAUGUAUUGUUCUUGUGGCGAAGGAAUUGAGUUCGGCCGGAAAGUGUUUGAUGAGAUGCCUAAAUGUGAUUCAGUGUCGUGGAGUGCGAUGAUUGGCGGGUAUGCCAAGUUGGGCAUGUCAAGUGAGGCAGUGGGGUUGUUUAGGAAAAUGCAGAUUGCUGGAGUGAGGCCUGAUGAGGUUACUAUGGUGUCAGUGUUGUCUGCUUGUACUGAUUUGGGUGCACUUGAGCUUGGGAAGUGGGUGUCUUCCUAUAUUGACAAGGAGAAGGUUCCGAAGAGUGUGGAGCUAUGCAAUGCGUUGAUUGACAUGUUUGUCAAGUGUGGCGAUGUUGACAAGGCUUUGAAGUUGUUUAGGAACAUGGCUGAGAAGGACAUUGUUUCGUGGACUUCUUUGAUUGUUGGUAUGGCAAUGCAUGGCCGUGGUUUGGAGGCCAUUUUAUUGUUUGAGGACAUGAGGAGUUCUGGAAUAGUGCCUGACGAUGUUGCUUUUAUAGGAUUGCUCAGUGCUUGUAGCCAUUCUGGUUUAGUUGAGAAGGGCAGGCAGUAUUUUGAUUUGAUGUUGAAGGAAUUCAGAAUUGUGCCCAAGAUAGAACAUUAUGGGUGCAUGGUUGAUCUGUUAAGCAGGGCCGGACUUGUUAAAGACGCAUUGGAGUUUGUUGAGAGUAUGCCCAUUGAGCCAAAUCCAGUCAUUUUGCGAGCACUAAUCACUGCCUGCCGUGCUCAUGGUGAGCUCAAGCUCAGUGAAAGCAUGACUAGGAAGCUCAUAAAACAGGAGCCGAUGCUCGAGUCCAACUAUGUCUUGCUGUCUAAUAUCUAUGCAAAAUCGUUAAACUGGGAGAAAAAAACAACAAUUAGGGCGGUUAUGGGGAAAAAGGGAAUUAGAAAAACUCCAGGUAGCACCAUGUUUGAGCUGGAUAAUGAAAUUUAUGAAUUUGUUGCCGGAGAUAAAACUCAUAAUGAAUACAAAGAAAUUUAUGAAAUGUUGGACGAAAUGGGGAAGGAGAUGAGAAGGGCUGGAUAUGUUGCUACCACUUCUGAAGUUUUACUUGAUAUUGACGAGGAAGACAAGGAAGAUGCUUUAAACAGGCACAGUGAGAAGUUGGCUAUUGCAUUUGCCCUUCUGAAGACACCUCCUGGAACUUCUAUUCGCAUUGUGAAAAACUUGCGUGUUUGUGAGGAUUGUCAUACUGCUACUAAGUUUAUCUCCAAGAUCUACAGUAGGGAAAUAGUGGUCAGAGACAGAAACCGUUUUCACCACUUCAUAGAUGGGUUAUGCUCAUGUAAAGACUUCUGGUGAAACAGUGGAGAGAAUUUUGCUUGUCCAUAAUUUGGCUGUUUACACUUUGUCCAGUGGUGGUACAUCACAAGCAAGCAGCUGGCAAAUGGCAGCACUACACGUACGUUAUAUCAAAUAGCACUAGAGACUGGUUGAGUAUUUCUGGUUUUGGUAGUCUUCAUUAGUUUGGGGACCCUAAUGGCAGUUUCGGUUCUGAAGUAAGUCAAACCUGGGCUUAUGGAAUUUGUUGUGUGUGUGUGCUUGUUGCCACUUAACAUUUCUGUUUGAAACUAAAUGGUACAAAUUUAAGAAGUGUUCAGAAAUUCCCAUAGUCCACAUUCUUCAAGUCAUCAUGGCAGCUACAAAGAGAAGAGGCCUUAAAUUCCUGCAAAUAGUGAGAGAAUUUUCUUGGACAAGGCUGCAGUGGUAAGAAGCCCAAAAAAAAAAGGGGUCCACAUCCUUGAAUCCAAAUCCUUGGGAACUUUCCUCUUUGACAAAAGAGGAAGUAAAAAUGAUGAUCAAAACAGCUACCUAUCUGGGGAAGAUGGUCAGAUGAUGGCCUUCUCAGUAGAAGCUAUCACAAUGGGAAGAUACAUGCGAAACUUGAAAUUCCUGCUGGCUCUUUUGCUAUCAUUUUUGUAAUAGCAAUAUUGAUUGGUUGGCACUUUAUGACCCUCUGCUAGUUCCUUUUAUGGGAAAAAAGUAGGAAGGAAAACCAGGUAAUGCUUCUAAUCCUGAUACUCUCCAGGGUAUUCCAAAGCCAGGACGAGACAGUUGAGAUAAUACUGUCUGUGACGAAAUCAUAUGGCUAUGCCGUCAGGGCGAGCAGUGCAGCUGUUAGGCAGUCCCGCUUCGAUCCUGACUUGUUAGUCAUCCGCGAGUACUCGAGACUAUUAUUACCAAUCAUCAUUAGCUUAAACGCAGAUGAUUCUUUGAUCUUUGUGACGAUUAAUCAUGUAAAAUGCAUCAUGCCUAGAUGAGCUAUUCAUUGUCAACCACUGAGUAAACUAGUACGAAAGACUGCUUGAUUUUCUCUAACAUGGUUAGCCAGUCUGCAGAGGAUUGAUUUACUUCUCUUACUAAUUAAGCAUGGCUGCAUGUUGGAGCAGCACUAGCUGAGGUGAAACGCCUCUCACAGGCAAGAGCAGCACAAUAAACAACUCCCCUUCUGCGCUUAAGUGUGUUUAUCUUGAUCCCACACGUCCUCUCCAUUGGUUCUGGACAAGCAUUUAUUUAUGUACGGAUGAAAGCUACAUAUCUCCAUAACGCAGUCACCAAAAGGAAUGGAAACUACGAUGACUGGUCUAUUCUGGGAUUCUUCUUGUUAGUGGCUUGCUGGUAUUAUUAGUCCACGAAAUCACAAUUAUGGUGGAAAAGGGCGGUUUGGUGGAAAGAAGCAACAAUGGUAGAGUUAAUGAAUGUACGGACUGUUAGCCAUAUUUACCUUAAAUAAAAUUUUGCAAGUGUGUAGUUUGUGUUGCAUCACACAUGCACAAGUGUUUGGAAUGCAAGUUAUUUGUAUCGUCAACACAUUUUUCAAUUA